AUGAUUUCCAAAAAGGAGUAUCUAUUAGUGAGGCCUUGGCAGCAAAGGAAAUUCAUACAGCACCGAAAAAAAGUCCUUACAGCGCUGCCUGCGAUAGACAACAAUCCUCCGCCAUUCAGAGCCCACGUUAACAUUAAACUAAAGAAGCAACAGAAGGAGAAAGACAGAUGCAGAAGAAUCGAGCACGAUAAUUACUUACUACUGCAAAGGUUGAAUUAUGUGAUGAAUACGAGUAGAGUGGACAACACUUGGAGGUCCCCGCAGCCCAAUUUCCUGAACAGAGUGGGUUUAUACGAGACCUACGAUCCCCAAAUCGAAGAGCUGAUCGCUUUAGAUUUGAGCGACGAUAGCGAAGAUGAAAAGGAAGUCGCACGGUGUAGGAAAUCUAAAUGCUACGCUUGUGCCCCGGAGAAGAACCCCGUCGAACCGCCUAAGAUCCCCGAAGAAAGGAUACCGUGGGAGCCUGAGAGAAAGCCUGUGCACAAACCUAGAAGCAAAUCGGUACCGUCCAGGAAGCCUGAGCCUCUGCCUGCUAUUCAGGAGCAAGUAGUGACUACCAUUAGCAAACCUAGCUCCAGUAAAACCUUAAAUAGGCCGAAAAUGGUGGAGCCGAGUAAGGGCAUGAUACACGUGAAGCCUGAUUUUAGUGCCAACGAACCGCAAAGUAUUGUCUUCAAUAGAGGAUGCCUGGAGUUGUCCGUUAACUUUCCUUCGGAUACUACUGUUAAAUUUAAGGAAGGGAAAAUUCAGAAGUUCUUGCUGCGUGGUCUUUGUCAUUGCAGGAAUUCGCCUUCUGCUCGCGAGAAGUAA